GCUAAAUUAGAGGAUUAUUUUAGUUCAGGGCUACUCUAUUCUAUGCACUGUACUGUACAUACAGCAUUGUGCUUUUGGUUUGGUUUGCCCCACACGCUCUCUCACGGUUAACUGUUGGAAUAGUGGGUUUGAAAUAGUUUUAGCGGAAUAUUGUUAAUUCUGGAGUUGCGUGUCCGAGGUGCGUCCCGUUCCGUGGAGCUCUAAUUCUCCUCGAUCUUUGUUUGUUUUUCCUAUAAAUGCUCCUUCGUAUUUCACACCACAUGCUGUGCGUUCAUCUGCUUUCUUCCUACUUGUGUCAUAUUAUGUCCUUCUCUUGCCGCUAAAACCUUUGUUUUCCUCUGGUUUAAACCCACCUUCCCUACCCCAGCUUUCUGGUUUUGCUUUAUUUGUUGCAGCGUGGUUUGCCUUUGUUUGUAUGCAGCUUCAAAUGAGAUAUUACCGUGUUAUGUUGAGAAGUAAACAGUGCGAGAUUAAGAGGCCUUUGGAGUUCCAGAGAUUGUUUGCCAUACGUUUGAGAGAAGUUUUAUAGCGUGAGGAAAUCUUUUGAAGCAGAUCUGAGAAGUGGGUCUGUGUUGGUUGUUGGGAUAAGGAGUAAUUUUGUAAGAAAAUGGUGUUGAGCUCCGUGGAAGUUUGCAUGGAUUCAGCCGAUUGGACACAGAGCUUCAUCCAGAAUGGUGCGUUAAAGCUACCAGAGGACAUCAUGUCAUGCUCGAGGCCGCCACCAAUGCUGGAGCGAAGGAUGAAGCCUCAACCUGAACAGGCCUUGAAAUGCCCCAGAUGUGAAUCAACAAACACAAAGUUCUGCUACUACAAUAACUACAAUCUUUCACAGCCUCGCCAUUUCUGCAAGGCCUGCAGAAGGUACUGGACCCAGGGAGGUUCCCUUCGCAAUGUUCCUGUUGGUGGAGGUUGCAGGAAGAAUAAGAGGGUAAAGAGAUCGAUAGACCAUCCCACACCUUCUCAGAAUGAAGCAUCAACCUCAGCAGCCCCUACCACCACAGAACCACCAGUACCCAACUGUUCUGCCUUUGAUCCAUCUCUUCCCCUACCUCCAUCUUCAAUGUAUUAUGGAGGAAAUGGCAUGAACAUGACUAGUCUCCCCUUCACCAGAAUCCAGCAAGAUUGCCCUGCAUUGGCCAACUGCAAUACUUCCAACUUUCUGGGAAUUUCAUGUGGUACUCCAACCACUUUAGAGCCGCAGAGUUCAUCUAUGAAUUCACUUUCGGCUCUGAACUCACUCAAUUCAUUCAAGUCCAGCUAUCCUGGUCUGGAGUUUUCUAGCUUAACCAGAGAUAGAAAUGCAUUCUUUGAGACCCAACAACUAUUGACAAGAGCAAUGACACCUUUUUAUGCCAUGCCACUGCUUUCUGGUCUGGAUGAUCAUGCUCUGCCAUGGCGAUUACAGCAGGAGCAGGAGCAGGAGCAGCAGAAGAUGCAUGUUUCCUUUGAAGAUGGCCAGGUAGAGAAUGCCCCAGGAAGUGAAGAUCAUAAUGCUUUUCUAUCAUUUGACGAUCAAACAGCUGAGACCUCAAAGACCGAUCAGAAAUCUGAAGGGGUGACAAGCUUAUCCUCAGAAUCAGUCAAAGUAGAAGGGGAUCAGAAUGGAUUGGGUUCAGAUUGGCAGGUGCCUGUGUCAGAGUCACUUUUUGUUGAAUCAGCUGCAGAUUCAGCCACUUACUGGAAUGGAGGAGCAUGGCCUGAUCUCACAAGUUAUGGAUCCUCAGUAAGCUCAUUAAUAUAGAAAAGGAAGGACUAUGGUUUGAUGUCUAAUAUUUGUUUUUUGCCUGAGUGACAGAAGAAAGGCCACUCAGUUAUAAGUUUUUUCGAGUCUGUAGAUUGCCCUAUGUAGUUUUACUGUACACACAGUUGUUUUUCAAACAGGUGUUAGUUGUAGGAGUUUUAAAAUUUUCUUCUUUUUGGAGGCGUCUGUGGAUGGCUCUUACAGCAGAGUUUAGCAGCCCAUGUCAUCUUUGAAGAUGUAGUGACAUUCCUGCUAUAUUUCUGCUGCCGGAGCAUCAAUUUGUUUGUCUCAGGAAAAUGAGUGCAUGAAGACCUGAAUAUACAAAGAAAAAUCUUCAAAAGGGCAGGGAAUAUUUGAAGCUUUUUUUUUGGUUGGCUUCGGGUAUUCAGAUCAAGGCCUUCUGCCUCCUACCUUAUUCAUUUUUGGCAAUUGACCAGAAACAUAAUUCAGACUAUGACAUCUUAUUCUUGGAAGGAUUGCUGCAUGCUUACUUAGGAAGGAUUUCUGCAUGCUACUUACUAUAGCUUUAAAGGUUGUGCUACAUAAGGCAAGUUUGACGUGCCUUGGGUUUCCUUCAUAUCUCUGGGAUUGUCUCUUCACCAUGGCAGUUUCCAGUCUGUAAAUAGACAGCAUAAUGAUGGUGCUGACAUUUAUAUGGGAUGCCUGUUAGUUUAAGGGCUUGCAUUGGACACUGUUGGUAUGUCUGAUACAUUACAGAGAUAGCCCAUGUUUUGAGGGGCAGAGAAGCUUCCACAGCCAUGUUUGAUUUCAUCUGACAACAUAUCCAAGACUGUAGAAGCAUCAUACAUUUACAAAUAAUCUCCAUUACUAUGGAGUAAACAGCAGAAACAUUUCUGCUCUUGUGUGUGCAAGUAACAAAGUUUUAGAAUAGGUUUUGCUAUAUAGUGAACUAUAUACGUGACUUGUUACAUGUUUGUCUAUCUAUCUCUCUCUAUAUUUUGAGUGUAAUUGAAAAUAUGAAAAAUAAAGCAGGUGUUUGUCGACA